CUACGUCGUUGUUACAAAACCUUGGAGCGUGCACGUGUGUUUUUAUACAAUGUAGCCUAGCUCAAUAGAAUUGUAACCAGUGGAUGCUACUCUAGAUAACUCAAGGAAGCGUCUGGUAAAGAACACUUUUGUAACAACAUUCUACACCACUGCGUGUAGGCCUAUGCGGUUGUUGCACCGGCAAGCAUUGAGGCAUAUUGUGAGACUCAUAUCUGCUAAAGCUGAGCAAGGCCCCUCUGCCAUUCUCUGGAGCCACCUAAGGUUUCAUACCACACCCAAAACCAUCAUGGCAUCCAAAAAAACUGACCUGAAACGCAAGGCCGAUUCAGCUGAGACAAGUAAUGGAAAACAACAGAAAGUUGACCGUGUGGAAGGAUGGCUAGAAAAUGCAGUGGCUGAGCUACGGAAAGACAACAAGGAUUUAAAAUUCAACAUGAAGCGCCUCAGAUACCUGUCUGAAAAUGAAAAGGUUAAACCAGGCUCAGACGGUGUGGUGUACUGGAUGGGAAGAGAUCAGCGAGUUCAAGAUAACUGGGCGCUGAUUUAUGCUCAGCAGUUGGCCAUCGCAGAAUCCCUUCCACUGCACAUUUGUUUUAGCCUGAUGCCAAAGUUUUUAGAGGCAACAUUUCGCCAUUACAGUUUCAUGAUAAAAGGGCUACAGGAGGUGGCAAAGGAAUGCAAAGUUCUGGAUAUUCAGUUCCAUCUUCUCAGUGGCUUCCCUGGUGAAACCCUGCCUGGCUUCAUCAAGGAGUGGAACAUGGGGGCAGUCGUGACGGACUUCUGGCCCCUAAGGGAUCCCACCCAGUGGGUGGAUGAUGUCAAAAAGGCAAUCAGUCCAGAUAUUCCUCUCAUUCAGGUGGAUGCUCACAACGUGGUGCCAUGUUGGGAAGCGUCUGGAAAACUGGAGUAUUCUGCCAGAACCAUCCGUGGAAAGAUCACUAAACUGCUGCCCACAUACCUCACAGAGUUCCCCAUUGUUGACAAACACCCACACACAUCGAAAAGGGCAGCUGAGUCUGUGAAUUGGGAUGAGACUUUGUCCUCCUUGGAUGUGGACCGAAGUGUGGGUGAGGUCGAUUGGGCGAAACCCGGAUACUCAGGAGGCAUGGCAAUACUUGAGUCUUUCAUCAACGAGCGCUUGCGAGACUUUGCCAGUCUUCGGAAUAACCCCAAUGUGCCAGCCCUCAGCCAGCUAUCUCCCUGGAUCCACUCUGGCAGUCUGUCAGCGCAGCGCGUGGUGCGGACUGUCCAAAAAAAUGGAAAGAAAUUCAGCGAGUCUGUGGCAUCCUUUACAGAGGAGUUAGUCGUGCGCAGAGAGCUUGCAGACAACUUCUGCUUUUACAAUGAGAACUAUGACAAGGUUGAAGGCGCUUAUGAGUGGGCACAGAAGACUCUGAAGGUUCAUGCAAAAGACAAGAGAAGUCAUGUAUACACUCGUGAGCAGUGGGCACAGGCUAAGACCCAUGACAAACUAUGGAACGCAGCCCAGACCCAGCUGCUGACUGAGGGAAAGAUGCAUGGGUUCAUGAGGAUGUACUGGGCCAAGAAGAUCCUGGAAUGGACGUCUUCUCCAGAGGAAGCACUCUCCAUAGCAAUCUACCUCAAUGACCGCUAUUCUUUAGAUGGAUGUGACCCCAAUGGAUAUGUUGGUUGCAUGUGGUCCAUUUGUGGCAUACACGAUCAAGGCUGGGCUGAGAGGGCUGUCUUCGGAAAAAUACGCUACAUGAACUAUGACGGAUGCAAGCGCAAAUUUGAUGUGGCAGAGUUUGAAAGGAAGUACACUAAGAAGACAUGAAGGGGACCAAGGAUGGUGGAGAUGAAGCCAAACUAUUUCUUGUAUGAAUAAUUAUGAUGUAAUGGGCUGUACAUUGUGUGACAACAACACCUGCCUUGCCACAUAUCUGAGUUGUUCUGUUCCUGUUAAAUGUUUUUUUUAAAAAAAAACAAUACCCAGGGUCAGUACAACUAUUCUUUUUGCAAAAGGAAAACCAUGUUUCUGUUACAGUAAGUGAUGAGAGCGUGAAAUGCAGUACUUUGAAAAGUACAGGAGACAGUUGUAUUUUAAUUUCUUUAAACUUUUUUCUACUUGUGUGUGUGUGCCUUUGCUAUGGAUACCAGUUAAGAAUGUAUAUGUUUUGGCUAGUCACAGUGUGUAAUAUUAUGACUAAGGCAUAGUUGUGACAAUAAAAUGUGGGAGAAAACAGUUUUGGAAUUUGUUGUUCUAAUCUAAAAAUUCAAACGUAUAAUAUAAUCCAUACUUUGUGCAAGGUUGACUUGUCUGAGAUGGUGUUCCCUCAUGCUGUGCCUUUCCACCUUUGCAUGACAGUUCCAGGGUUGCCUGAUAAGCCUGAUGAUUUCCAACCCCCCAAAAAUGCCCAAAAACCCCACCUGGAAGCACCAAAUCCCGCCCAAUUCUAUUGAUUUCUAUGGCCAAAAAGUAGGCGUUUUUUCUGCUAAAUGCCAUUUUUACGCCUAGUCGGCCAUCCUAAGCAACCCAAAAUUGGGCAACACAUGACAGUUGAGUUGAGUCCUUCCAUCAGUUUCCCCAAAAAUGUUUC